CGCGUCUGGGGCGGGCUCUCUCUCUGCCCGCGCUCUCCAAGACCGCUGAGAUGUCUGUGAAUAUAUCAAGAAUCUCUCCAGCUGCCGCCCGCUAUCCCAAAUUACCGGUAUUCCUACUUUAGAGUCGUAUUUCAGAAUUUACAUUGCUCUCUUGUUGGUGUCGUUGCUAGGUCGGUUAAACCUGUCCAGUUAUGAGUAGCGAAGUCGAUUAGUAUUAUGUAGGAUUCCGAAACUGUUAUGCAUUUGCAUUUACCUUGCGCCACGAGCCUGCCGCGUAUUGGAUUGUGGCGACAUCAGUUGGAGCACUGUCCAGGGUGCUGAAAGUCAAGACUCUUUCCCUAAGCGCCCAACAGAGGCAGCUGAGGCGUUCCCGGGUAUAUGUCUAUGCAACUCAAGUCUUGAGAUGACGCGGAAAAGGCUGCAUUCUGUAGCAGUAUGGGGAUUCUUCGUGUGGGAAAUAGCGGUGUUGCUAAGUCUGGUGGCAUCUAAAGAGCCAGAGAGUCCUCGGGGGAGAGCAGUUCAUCCUCCGUCACCCUCCGACUUCUUGGACAAACUCAUGGGGAGAACCUCAGGCUAUGAUGCCAGAAUUAGGCCCAACUUUAAAGGUCCUCCUGUGAACGUAUCAUGCAACAUAUUCAUCAACAGCUUUGGCUCCAUAGCUGAGACUACAAUGGACUACAGAGUGAACAUCUUCCUCCGUCAAAAGUGGAACGACCCCAGGUUAGCGUACACAGAGUACCCCGACGGUUCUCUGGACCUGGACCCCUCUAUGUUGGACUCUAUCUGGAAACCUGACUUGUUCUUCGCCAAUGAGAAAGGGGCCCAUUUCCACGAAGUCACCACAGACAACAAGCUGUUAAGAAUAUUCAAGAAUGGCAACGUCCUCUAUUCUAUACGAUUGACAUUAACCCUUUCCUGUCCGAUGGACCUGAAGAACUUCCCCAUGGACGUACAGACGUGUAUCAUGCAGCUAGAGAGCU